AUGUCAGAAUUGUUUAAAAAAACUAAGCACAAUGCGUCUGAGAACGCCAAUAUUUCUUCACGAAAACGCAGUGGUGAUAGGCCAAAACAAGGAAGAAGAUACUCGGAAAACUCGGAAACGGGCAAGAGCGAAACUUCCAAUCGUCCUCAUUUAUUCAAAUCAAAAACAUGGCAUAUAUCUGGUGGCAGUAAAGAGAACCUCACCACUGAUGAAUUAAAAUCUAAAUCACCAAAGUCACCAAAGCAAAAUGUACUUGGGAGGCCCUUUUUCUCCACGAAAUCAAAGAAGGCUUCGGCUGUGGAAGACGACUCCGAUGAUGAAUUUUGGCAUUGCAAGGGAGGUCGAGGAACUGGAAUGCUUGUAGAAGAUGGGAAUCCGGCAACAAGAGAUUUGAAUUCUCGUCGAUCAGGCAAUGUUAAUGCACCGGAUCCAAUUAUUAGUCGUUCUAAGCCUAAUACUAGCCAAUUACAGCGUAGAGUUUCUACUCGAAAGACUCGUGUCACUUCUAAACCAACAAUUUCAAACAGUCGCUCCAGUUCUAAAGAUUCAUUAGCUUCACAGAUGACAACAACAUUAUCAGUCUCUUCUUCGACCAACUCUAGAUCACCUUAUGGGAAGUCAUCAGCAGCUUCCUCCUUCCUUAAUCCACGCUCCAUUAGUUCUGUGUACAACCAAGGAGGACCUGGAAAGUUUAGUUCUCAAGCCCGAAGCUUUAAUGGUAACUCUGAAUCGGAAGAAAAUUGCCGUGGAAGAGAUGGCAAGAACUCGCGCAGAGUGUGGUCUAGAAAUAAUGAAGGCCAUGCUUCUGAGGAUAGCAUCUCUUCCGGGACAAACAACAAUGGUAAAUUCAGAUCGAGUAACCAUACCUCUAAGACAUCAAUAAAAGAUACCAGCAAUCAAAAACGUCGUCUCAAUGAGGAAAAGAAGAAACCAGGCCUCAGUAUUCGGGCUAAGAAUGAUGAUUACUACGAUCAUUACGGGAAGGUACACGACAAGUCUCAGAGCUCUCGUAAUGAAUACAAGUUACCUUCUACAAGGGUAAGGGAAUAUGUUCCCUCGGCACGCAGAGCUGUAGUAACCGAUCGGGGAACCAAGAAUAAAGCGUUGCCUAAAAUACCAGUUGAUAUUCGCAAUCCUCAUUUCGUGUGA